AUGGCCAUAUUCAGAGGCGUGAAAGUCCAGAGACAGAUACAGCGUCCAGUCGACGAAAGAUUGAACGUUGUCAUAGUUGGAGCCGGCCUUGGAGGUCUCGGUGCAGCAAUAUCGCUCCUACUCGCUGGCCACGAAGUCCAUGUUUUGGAAUCAGCCUCGCAGAUUGGAGAAGUUGGGGCGGGCAUCCAAGUGUUGCCGAACAGCUCGAGAGUCUUGAUCCAGUGGGGCUUGGGACCAAGACUGGCCAGGCUCGCCACCAUUCCAGAGCAAGUCACCAUGCUUGGAUGGAAGGGCAAUGUGUUGACGACCCACGACUUCCCCGCGACGGCCAGAGAAUACGGAGCGCCAUUCUGGGAUUUUCAUCGCGCGGACUUACACGAGGCGUUGCUGGAGCGGGCUCAAGAACUCGGGGUCACCUUUCAGACGAAUUCUCGAGUAGUCAACGUCGACUUGUCGAGACCUGAUAUCUCAACUGUGGAACUAGUCGAUGGAAGACGAAUCUCAGCGGACCUCGUCAUCGGCGCCGACGGCAUCUUCUCCAAGUGUCGAGAAAUCAUGGUCGGGUACCAAAGCCCCCCAGUCGCUACAGGAGACCUUGCAUACCGCGUGCUCCUCAGCACCGAAGGCAUGCGAGACGAUCCCGAGCUAUCGGCAUUCCUCGAAAGCCAUCACGUCCGCUACUGGAUGGGACCCGAAAAGCACGCCGUCACCUACGUCCUCCGCAAUGGCGAUCUCCUGAACAUGGUCCUCCUCGUCCCGGACGAUAUGCCCCCUGGAGCCCCCACGAUCGACGCCAGUGUCGACGAAAUGCGCGCUUUGUUCGCGGAUUGGGAUCCGCGCAUCUCCAAGGUGCUUGGGUUUUGCAAGUCGGUGCAGAAAUGGCGGCUCUCUUACAGGCCGGGACUUGAGACGCCGUGGUAUAACGAGACGGGGACGUUUGCGUUGCUGGGGGACGCGGUGCAUGCCACGCUCCCCUACCUCGCUUCGGGCGCUGGGAUGUCGUUUGAGGAUGGUGCUGUUAUCGGGCAUUGCUUUGGUCGCAUCGGCGAUAAGUCCAUGGCCUCGAAACUGGCCGCCCUUUCCAUCUACGAAAAAUGCAGGCGGCACCGCACAGAAUCCAUCGUUGAUCGGGGUAAUCACCAACAACAUCUCUACCACAUCGACGACGGCGAGGAGCAGCGUGCUCGAGACGAGCGGUUCAGGGCGUUUGAGCAGGUCGAGAAGGAAGUUCGAGAUAAAGGCUUGAGAGGCGGUGGGUAUGUUCUGCCAGAGGGUUUGGAGGAUGGCACGGACCCGCUUGCUUGGAGGAGACAUGGGGUUGGGAGGUGGUUGAUUGGGUAUGAUUGUGAGAGGGAUGUUGAGGAGAUUUGGCCAAGGCAGGAGGGCGAUGUGGAGGUUGGAGGUGUGAGGGCCUCGCUGUAA